AUGGUGCAGAUCGUCAUCUCCAGCGGAGGUGCUGGGGGCCUGGCGCAGUGGGUGCUGGUGGAGCUGCAGGGUGAGGUUGAGCCCCGGCAGAGCGGCGAGCUGGCAGGGAGCCUCCUGGGAGACCUGCACUACACCCAUGAGGGGAUCCCCGUGCUCAUCGUGGGCCACCACAUCCUCUACGGGAAGGUGGUGCAGCUGGAGAAGCCCUUUGCAGUCCUGGUGAAGCGAGGAGCCGGCGAGCCCAGUCCCACGGGGCCACACACCUGCUACACCGUCACCGCCCUCAUCAAAACCAAGCUCCUCUUCAAAACCCGCCCCAAACCCAUCAUCACCAAUGUGCCCAAGAAAGUGUGA